AUGGAAGAGGUACUGUGUGAACUUAAUGAUCAUGAAAAGAGAAACGAGCAAGGUCUUCCACCGGGUUUCAGGUUUCAUCCCACUGAUGAAGAACUCAUAACCUUUUACCUUGCUUCAAAGGUCUUUAAUGGGAGUCUCAGUAGUGUCAAGUUUGCCGAGGUUGACCUCAAUAGAUGUGAGCCAUGGGAACUUCCAGAUGUGGCAAAGACGGGGGAGAGAGAGUGGUAUUUGUUCAGCCUAAGGGACAGAAAAUACCCAACAGGACUAAGAACAAACAGAGCAACGGGUGCUGGGUACUGGAAGGCCACUGGGAAGGACAAGGAAGUGUACAGUGCAUCAAGUGGAGGGUUACUUGGGAUGAAGAAGACACUUGUUUUCUACAAAGGUAGGGCCCCUCGCGGGGAGAAGACCAAAUGGGUGAUGCACGAGUACCGUUUGGACGGUCACUUUUCCCUCUCUCACCCUCACACUUCUAAGGAGGAGUGGGUGAUAUGCAGGAUAUUUCAAAAAUCUGGGGAAAAGAGAACUUCACUGCUCCAAGUCCAAGGACAUAAUUUAGAUGCCUCUUCAUCCCCAGGAAAAAGUUGUCUCCCUCCAUUACUUGCAAGCCCAACUUCAUUUACAUUGGAACUAGAUUACCAAAAUGAUCUCUCUCACCCUCACCCUUUCUCAUUGCAUACAUCUCAACCUUCUUUCCCAAUUGCAUCAGGAGAAAUCACCAACACAAGAUCAAACCAUCCAUCAUUUUCAGACCUACUCUUCAAGUCCCAGCUCUCACCACAAAAUUGCACCCUCAAAGUCAAGGAUCAAACCCAUUUAAAGCUAAGCAAAACGGAGGGUACAUUUUAUCAAUACCAACUACUAGAUGAAGCUAAUCACUUGCGCUGGAUGGACAAGUUGAACCCAAAUGCAAGUAAUUUCCACUGCUCCAUUAUUCCUCUUGAGGUAGAUGCUGGCCCAAUGGGGUUCUCAGGAGCUGCAAAUGCUGAAUUUAGGGACAUGUCUACUUCAACAACCUUUAAUAGAGUAGGGUUGCAGCAGGUGCUAGAUGCUCCUAUUGGAAUAGAUUCUUGGCCGCAGGCCCAGCAUGCUUAA